UCUCUUUUUGUAGUGUAUGAGAUUUUCUGUCUAUAUAUAUUGAGAGAGAUCAGCAUUGGCAACACACUUCUCUUAACUUAUUUUCUUUUGAGAAAGAAGAGAAGAGAAAAAUCAAAAAUGGGUUUGGUUUUGUGUGUUGUCUUCAGCUAUCUUCUAUUUCUUGCAACAGCGCCUAAUUCCUCUUUUGGAGAUGAAGGCCAAGAUAUCAAAACGUGCUCUCACAAGCUUCAAGAGGAUCUCCACCACAUAAACAAAUCGGGUAUACAUUUAACACUACACAAGGUUCAUGGUCCAUGCUCACCUCUAUCCGCAUCACAACCGUUGAUCAACAUCCUUAAUCACGAUGAGCAGCGUGUCCGUACCCUUAACUCUAGACUCAUAAAAUCCACCAUUACUACCACCUCAUCGUCAAAAUCACAGAAGUCAGUACCGAGAUUAAAGCCCAAAUCCAUCAAUAUUCCGUUAAAACCCGGGUCUGCAUUAAAUACGGGUAAUUAUUACAUUAACAUGGGUUUGGGUACACCAUCAAAAUCCUACCCCAUGAUUGUGGAUACAGGUAGUUCAUUAACAUGGCUCCAGUGUCAACCCUGUCAAGUAUAUUGCCAUAGUCAAUUGGGUCCAAUAUUUGCUCCCACUGCGUCCGGCACGUAUAAACCCGUAACCUGCAGCGCAGCGGAAUGCACUGGUUUAGAAGCUGCCACCCUUAAUCCGUCAGCGUGUUCAAAGAAAAACGUAUGCAUCUAUCAAGCUAGUUAUGGUGAUAGUUCCUAUUCUAUUGGGUAUUUGAGUAGUGAUGUAUUAAGCUUAGGUCCAUCAGAAAACUUAAACGGCUUUGUUUAUGGAUGUGGGCAAGACAACGAUGGGCUUUUUGGAAAAGCAGCAGGACUUAUUGGACUCAGUCGCAAUAAACUCUCGAUGUUAACUCAGGUAUCUUCAAAGUAUGGGAACGUAUUUUCUUACUGUCUACCUACAUCGGCUUCUACCGGCACAUUAUCCAUCGGGAAAACUUCAUAUGAUCCAACAAAUUACAAGUUCACUCCGAUGUUAACUGAUCCCCGGGACUCCACUUUGUAUUUUCUACGUUUAACAGCUAUCACUGUUUCUGGAUACCCAAUAGCCGUAGCUGCAGAUAAGUAUCAGACAUCCACCAUUAUUGAUUCGGGUACCGUAAUUACACGGUUGCCUGCAUCUAUAUAUGCAGCAUUAAAGGUGGCUUUUGCGAAAGGAAUGUCAAAAUACCCGACAGCCCCGGCAUUUUCGAUAUUAGACACGUGUUUUAAAGCGAGCAGCGCGGGGAUUGUCGUGCCUCCAGUAAGUGUGGUGUUCUCAGGUGGUGCUGAUAUGAAACUGAGUGCCCAGAAUGUUGUUAUUGAAGUUGAGACUGGGACUACUUGUUUGGCAUUUGCUGGUAAUGAUGAUGAUACUGGAGUUGCUAUAAUCGGUAAUCUUCAACAAGAAACUUUCAAAGUUGCUUAUGAUGUUACUAACUCAAAAAUAGGGUUUGCUGCUGGUGGGUGUACAUAGUGAAAGUGACUAUGUCACAGGUUAAUACUACUGAUUGAUGAAAUGGAAGUACGGUGUUUUCCUUUACUCAAGAAAAACAAAAAUAUAUAAUCAUUUUUACUUUGGUACUUUGCCUUGUUUUAUUCCUUGUAAAUUAUCAUAUUUAUGUGUCGAAGAAAAAAAUGAAAAGCAGUAUACAGUUAGCUUUUAAUUAUUUGUAAAAUGGGAAGAUGUUUAAUUGUGAAUUACUGUAGUACUACUCUAUUAUAAUGGAAGACAUCAGUCAGCAUACAACUUUUCUAUUUAA